AUGCGGCCUUUCAACCUAAUCACGGCCCUCGCGGUCUCCGUCUCGGGCGCACAGGCCCUGGCCGUUCCCCGCGGGUUCGAUUCCAAGCUUGCGGCCCGCGAGAUAGGCGAGCUCCACGCAUCGGACCCCAACCCCGUCCUCGUGGCACGUGAGAUCAAUCCUAGAUUUCUACCACAGACUCCCACCACGGGGGACAUGGGAGGCAUUCGUCAAAAGUGCUCGACCACCGCGGCAAAGCUCGGCAAAAUUGCCCAUAAGUGCGGGACUGUUUUAGAAAAGAUCGCCCAGAAGACAAGCACACAGUCGGGAGGAUAUUUCGCCGGCCAGCCCUCCCAGUACGCAGACCUGGCAAACCAUCAGGGCCAAUCGUACAGUCAACCCGCCGCGGGUCCACAGUACCCGGCAUCUCAGCAGAUCUACCCAAAGCUGGAUUAUCAGCAGUCGGGCUAUCAGUAG